UUUUGGUACCGCCGAAAACCGUAGCGUCGUACAUCUCCCUGCUCAUCUCUGCCGUAGCGUUGUGCAUCUCCCUACUCAUCUCUGCUCAUCUGUUCUUUUAUCUCAUCUUUAAUAUUAUUUCUUGAAGUUUGAUUUCCCGCGCUUUCUAAAAUGUCACCUGUUGAGUGUGUAAAUUUCACAGUUUAGCCAGUUUAGCAAGAUUUUUAUAGUGUUUAAAGGAUAUGUGGCUGAUAAGUCAUGGAUCCGAACGAGGUUGAGUUUUUGGGUGAGAAGCAACUGGUGAGCAUUGUGCCGAACUUUAAUUUUGAUAUGAUACAUUUAAUCUCGGGAUCUAUUGGACCAUUUCGUGCUGGUUUACCUGUUAAGAUACCAAUAUGGUUAGCAAUUAAUUUAAAACAGCAACACAAGUGUCGUAUCAUAGGCCAAGAAUGGAUGGAUGUAGAAGAUUUAAAAAACAUCAAAGAAGAGGAGAAAAAAUCCAAAGUUUUUACAAAAAUGCCUAGUAAUCACUAUAUGGAUGAAGUUCACAUGCUACUUGGUGCAGCUUCCGAUGAUAUUCCUAAUGCAGAUGAGAUAAGGACUGCGGUGAAGGAUAUAUGGGAUAUCAGAAUGUCUAAAUUGAGAACUUCUAUUAACGCAUUUUUAAAAAGUGAGGGAACACAUGCAAAGCUAGAUCAUCUUACUGCAAUGGAAAUUAACAAUGUCAGACCAUUGCUUCCACAUGCACUAGACCAAAUGGUUCGAUUACAACAGAUAGGACAAGCAUCAGCAACAGCAGAUUCGAGGGAAGAAUCUCAGAAUAUGAGCAGCAUUUAGUGAAAUCAUAGCUAAUUACCAGUGUUAAAUUGCAUUUUGUACAUCCAGUUUUCAAUAUAUUUUUUGAAACAUUUAA